AUGCCGUUUGUAGCGGGAGCUUCCUCACCAGUACGCCAAGCACAGACUCCCUUAUCUACAAGUAAAAAUUAUAGGAUUCAUAAUCGGGAUGUAAUAUUCAAAAUGAAAUGGACCUGUGAACUGUGCGGCAAGAAACUUUCAUCGAAACGUUCCUACGAUGAACAUUUUAAUGUGCAUACCAAUUUGCGACCAUUCGCUUGCAAACAUUGCGGAUAUGCUGCCGCAAGCCAGAUGACUUUGAGACGGCAUACUUUGCGGAAUCAUAUUCCACGUCAAGCAUGGGGAUACCAAUGUCCAUACUGUAACGAAAUGUACAUGGAACCCGCAAGCUAUCAACAACACAUUGGAUCGCACCAUUUUGGCCUUUCAGCAACGUUUGGUUGUCCACUGCGUAGAUGUACGUUUACAACUUGCUCGUCAGCUUUCUUUCGUGAUCAUCUAGAAAAACAUACUAAUUUAUCUUCGAACAUCCAAAAAGAGGCCGAUUACAGACUCUUCAGAUUCGCUGUGGACGAUAGAUUUGGCAUUGGUUACGGUCGAAGGUCAAUUGAUAUCCGGCGAUUGGAGGUUUUACAAGGAUUAGAAUCGUUAAGGAAUGAUAAGGAAUACAUGAAAACCCCGCUCAAAAUACAAAGGAUCAGAAAAGGCGACGAAGAAAAAAAAAAUAAAGUGAAGUUGCGUGAUAUGACCAGAUCUCAUCAUUCCGUCUUUGAACCAGGAGAGUUUGAUUUUGUAAGUGAUGAUAUUAACCUUCCUGAAGUUGUCAGCAAUUUUGUCGAUUGUCUUCAAGAAGGCUUGAUUGAACCGGAACUUGAUUAA